AUGAGGUUGAUAUCAGGUGUGUCUGAUAUCUUAGAAGAAUUAGACGACCAGCAGUUUAGCGCUGCAGACUUUAUGUCAGUCCUAAAUGACUUUGAUGACGACCGACCAAUUUCGCCAGAGGAACCUUUACCGAUGCCAGCGCCUAACAAAUAUUGUUCAGAGUGUUCUUGUGUCUGUGAAUUACAUGGUUUAAAGUGGAGAUGCACGAAUAAGUCUUGCUUGAAAUGGAAUGGCGUCCACGAUCCAUACGGACAAGAUGGAGAGUCGUCUUACUCGAAACGUGAUGAGGACUAUCAUUUGGAUCAAUUAUACAGUCUUCCAGAGGCUUCCUCAAUUAGUUUACCUGAGCCCGAAAAUAUUCUUUCUGGAAAUGAGAACUUCAAAAUGGAAUUCUCAAAGAUGGAUUCAUUUGAGACCAGGAUGGUUACUCACCUCAUAACACCUUACGAGAAGGAAACUAAUCACGUUGUACUUCGCGAUGAACAGCGGCCGUCAGGGUUUCAAAAUCUGAGUAAUGGGAUAUCUGUUGUUCAUUUUAGCUCGUCUUCAGGACCGGAAUCAAAAGGUAAUGCAGUUGGAGGUGUGUUACCUUCAGCAGUGCAGACAGCGAAAGGAAAAUUAGGAGCAACCGUACCUCGUAGACAAUUAGGAGCGGGGCGGCCAAAAUCUUACAAGGUUGAAAAGACGCCACCAGUUACAGAAAAUGGUCAACGUCUUUGCGCAUUUUGUGGUGGACAAGUUAGGCCCCAAAUGUGUGGCGGAAAUAAACAUAGGUGGCGGUGUGUAGAUAAGAAAUGCAGGAAGUGGUAUGGCUGGGUACGCAGUAAUGAAGAAAUCCCAAAGGAUCUGGGAAAAAAGGGGCGCUGGAAGGACCUGGCUUUGAAAAUUAGACGGAAAGGCGUUAGUGAGGAGGAAAAUGACAGCAAAGCUACUGUUUGCUGUAAUGAGACCAACGGGCUUAACCUCUAUCUGUCAAAUGCCGUUCCUAUGUGUGAGAAGCAGUCGAGGAAAGUAGGGAGGCCACCUAAACCCAGGGUUGGAAAGGUAAAACUCAAAAUAAAAAAGAAGCCAAAUGGGACUUUGUCCGAAGGCGAACAAGGUGUUUUGUGUGAGGGAGAACGCCCAAAACGAAAAUAUACAAAACGCGAAAGGUCAAUGGACGAUGGGCAUCCUCUAAGAUUUUCACCUAUACCGCAGAGCGCAUUAAACUUUCAUCCAAGUGCUAUGGAAAGGCGCGGUCGUUGGUGGAUUAGUGAAAAGAGGCGUCAUGAUGUUUCUCCAGAAAAGGAAUGGAAUGCCAAAUCCCCGCUUGAUACUGCCGCAGCUAUGCAUGUAUUAGCCCAGUCAAUGCGGGUUGCUGCUAACACUUUAGCUGAUGAACGGGGGACUGUCAGUGGGUCGUUGGAUUUGCUGAUGGAUGCAUUAAUGAGCUCACUGGCGCCACUUCUUUCGUUAACUGCGCAACUUCCCACCAUAAAUUUGAAUGAUGAAGUUUUGCAAAAAAUGUGGAAUGCCUCUUCUGUCCAUACGCCAAUUUUUUCUUAA